CCCCGCCCCGCAGCCGCCCGAGCGGAGCCGCCGCGGCCGGACCCGAUGCCGGGAGCUGGGCGCUGAGGGCGGCCCCGACAUGGGGGUUCUCAGCAUCACGGACCAGCCCCCUCUGGUCCAAGCCAUCUUUAACCGGGAUGUGGAGGAGGUUCGGUCGCUGCUCAAUCAGAAGGAGAACAUCAAUGUGCUGGACCAGGAACGCCGGACCCCUCUCCACGCUGCUGCCUACAUCGGAGACGUUGCAAUCCUCGAGCUGCUCAUCCUGUCAGGUGCUAACGUGAACGCCAAGGACACGGUGUGGCUGACGCCGCUGCACCGCGCCGCGGCCUCACGCCACGAGAAAGCCCUCCAGCUGCUCCUGAAGCACUCGGCCGAUGCCAACGCCCGGGACAAGCACUGGCAGACCCCGCUGCACGUGGCCGCCGCCAACCGGGCCACCAAGUGCGUGGAGGCGCUGCUGCCGCUGCUCAGCACCGUCAACGUGGCCGACCGCACCGGGCGCACGGCGCUGCACCACGCCGUGCACAGCGGCCACCUGGAGAUGGUGAACCUGCUGCUCAACAAAGGUGCCAGCCCCAGCACGUGUGACAAGAAGGACCGGCAGCCCCUGCACUGGGCGGCCUUCCUGGGUCACCUGGAGGUGCUGAAGCUGCUGGUGGCCCGCGGGGCCGAUGUCAUGUGCAAGGACAGGAAGGGUUACACGCUGCUGCACACGGCGGCCGCCAGCGGCCAGAUCGAGGUCGUGCGUCACCUCCUCAGGCUGGGGGUGGAGAUCGACGAGCCCAACUCGUUCGGGAACACGGCGCUGCACAUCGCCGCCUGCUACAUGGGGCAGGACGCGGUGGCCAACGAGCUGGUCAACGUGGGCGCCAACGUCAACCAGCCCAACGAGAAGGGCUUCACCCCCCUGCACUUCGCCGCCGUCUCCACCAACGGCGCCCUGUGCCUCGAGAUCCUCGUCAACAACGGCGCCGACGUCAACUUCCAGAGCAAGGAAGGGAAGAGCCCCCUGCACAUGGCGGCGAUCCACGGACGGUUCACGCGCUCGCAGAUCCUCAUCCAGAACGGCAGCGAGAUCGACUGCGCUGACAAGUACGGCAACACGCCCCUGCACGUCGCUGCUAGAUACGGCCACGAGCUGCUAAUUAGUACGUUAAUGACCAAUGGUGCUGACACUGCCAGGCGUGGCAUCCACGACAUGUUCCCCCUGCACUUGGCCGUUCUCUUCGGGUUCUCCGACUGUUGUCGCAAGCUGCUUUCCUCAGGUCAGUUGUACAGCAUCGUGUCCUCGCUGAGCAACGAGCACGUGCUGAGCGCCGGCUUCGACAUCAACACCCCCGACAACCUGGGCAGGACCUGUCUGCACGCUGCUGCUUCCGGAGGGAACGUUGAAUGUCUGAACCUGCUGCUGAGCAGCGGCGCCGACCUGCGGAGGAGGGACAAGUUCGGGAGGACCCCCCUGCACUACGCGGCGGCCAACGGCAGCUACCAGUGCACGGUGACACUGGUGACAGCCGGGGCCACCGUCAACGAGGCCGACGGCAAAGGCUGCACGGCCCUGCACUACGCGGCUGCCUCGGACACCUACCGCAGAGCCGAGGCUCACUCAGGACCCAGCGAGGAGGAGCCCCUGAAGGAGUCGAGGCUGAAGGAGGCGUUCUUCUGUCUGGAAUUCCUGCUGGACAACGGUGCUGACCCCUCCCUGCGGGACAAGCAGGGCUACACCGCCGUCCACUACGCGGCCGCCUACGGCAACCGGCAGAACCUCGAGCUGCUCCUGGAAAUGUCCUUUAACUGCCUGGAGGAUGUGGAAAGCACCGUUCCAGUCAGCCCUUUGCACUUAGCUGCCUACAAUGGUCACUGUGAAGCCCUCAAGGCUCUGGCUGAGACGCUGGUGAACCUGGACGUGCGGGACCACAAGGGCCGCACCGCGUUCUACCUGGCCACGGAGCGCGGCGCCAGCGAGUGCGUGCAGGUGCUCACCAGCCACGGCGCCUCCGCCCUGGUCAAGGAGAGGAAGAGGAAGUGGACGCCUCUCCACGCUGCAGCUGCCAACGGGAACACGGAUUCCCUGCACCUCCUGAUCGACAGCGGCGAGCGGGCGGACAUCACCGACGUCAUGGACAUCCACGGCCAGACCCCUCUGAUGCUGGCCAUCAUGAACGGCCACGUGGACUGUGUCCAUCUCCUGCUGGACAAGGGCUCCACGGCCGACGCCGCCGACAAGAGGGGCCGGACCGCGCUGCACCGUGGGGCUGUGACUGGCUGUGAGGACUGCCUGGCUGCCCUGCUGGACCACGAUGCCUUCGUCCUGUGCCGGGACUUCAAGGGCCGCACCCCGAUCCACUUCGCCUCGGCCUGCGGGCACCUGGAGGUGCUGCGGACGCUGCUGCGCGCGGCGCUCUCCACCGACCCGCUGGACGCCGUGGUGGACUACAGCGGCUACUCGCCCAUGCACUGGGCCUCCUACAGUGGGCACGAAGAUUGUCUUGAAUUGUUACUUGAACACAACCCGUUUGCAUACCUAGAAGGAAACCCCUUUACUCCAUUGCACUGUGCAGUAAUUAACAACCAGGACGGCACUGCUGAAAUGCUGGUGGAAGCAUUGGGUGCCAAGAUUGUUAAUAGCAGAGAUGCCAAAGGAAGGACCCCCCUUCACGCUGCUGCCUUCGCAGACAACGUCCGUGGUUUACAGCUGCUGCUGCGCCACCAGGCCCAGGUGGACUCGGCCGACAAAAUGGGCAGGACCCCCCUGAUGGUGGCAUCGGAGAAUGGGCACACGGCGGCACUGGAGUUCCUGCUGUUCCAAGCAAAAGCAAAUAUUACUGUGCUGGAUGUCAACAAGAACACAGCUCUUCACCUGGCCUGCAGCAAGGGCCAUGAAAAGUGUGCCUUGUUGAUCCUGGGGGAAACCCAAGACCUUGGCCUUAUCAAUGCAAGUAACAGUGCUCUGCAGAUGCCGCUGCACAUCGCGGCGCGGAACGGCCUGGCCUCGGUGGUGCAGGCCCUGCUCAGCCGCGGGGCCACCGUGCUGGCUGUGGAUGAAGAAGGUGAGGGUCACACCCCAGCCCUGGCGUGCGCCCCCAACAAGGACGUUGCCGACUGCCUGGCACUGAUCCUCUCCACCAUGAAGCCUUUCCCGCCCAAGGACGCGCUCGGCUCCUUCAGCCUCAGCCUCCUCACGAACUGCGGCAUCGCGGCCAAGGCGGCGGCGGCGGCGGCCUGCGGGGCCCUCCCGGUGCCGGUGCCGGCCUGCGGGGCCCUCCCGGUACCGGGCGCAGGGGCCCUCCCGGUGCCGGCCCGCGGGGCCCUCCCGGUGCCGGUGCCGGCGUGCGGGGCCCUCCCGAACGGCUCCUCCUGCCCCUACUCCAAGGAACGCCACAGCGCCAUCGGCCUGGACGGCUGCUACUCGGAGUGACCUCCUCCUCCUCCCUCCCCCGGCCACGGGUGACCUGAUAUCUUUAUUCUAUUUAUUUAGAAAUUCUAUAAAUAUAGGGCACUUUAAAGGAGAACAAGACCGGGCGGGCCCAGUGCG